CUUGGACCCCUUCCCUUCGUCGCCCCUUCCAUUAUCCUUCUCCUGGUUACUCCAAUUGCCGUCUCCACUUCUCCACCACCCGACCCGCCACCGAUCCUUCUCCCACGUGUUGCGCCCCAUCUUCUCAUCGAGUCUCCGCGAAUUCUUGCGAGUUGCGAGUCACCUCUGGCUCUGUAGGUUGCUGCCGCUGACUCGGAGGAGGUAGGCGAGAGGAUUGCUGACUCUGAGGAGGUAGGCGGGAGGAGGAGGAGCGCCCAGCCGCCGGCGAUGGAAGAGGUGGUCGGAGGAGGGGGGCAGUGUCAGGGUGUCAACCCGGACUGCCCCAACGCCGCCAACCCUUUCCACCGCUGCGCCGAGUACUGCCCCGUCCCCGUCCCCAGAGGCGUGGCCAAGCUGUCUCCACCGCCGCCGGGCCACGCGGCCCUGAACGGGACCGCGCACAGCGUCCCUGGCGAGCUGCACUCCAGGCCGCGCCGCCGUGACAAGGGCGGCGGCUCCGGGAGCCUCCCCUUCUACGUUUUCUUGCGCGAAGGUUCCGAUGGCGACGGCAAAAAGGUGGACCCCCGGUGCCCCAACGCGCCCAACCCGUUCCACGUCUGCACCGACCACUGCCUCACCAAGAUGGCUGAGGUUGGCCGGUCGUCGGAGGGCGGCAAGUCGCCCAUAUCCCUCUUCUCCCGCCACUCCCGCCGCUCCUCGUCGUCCUCCGGAGAGGGAAGCGUGACAUCGGGGGGCAGGAGGAAGGUGGAUCCAAAGUGUCCGAAUGCCGCCAAUCCGUUCCAUGAAUGUGGUGAGUAUUGUGCCGCCAAGAUGCAGCAGGUGGAGCAGCAGAAGGGGACCGAAAUGAAGUCCCCGCACAGGAAAGUCAUUGCAGGGGGAAAGGAUGUUACAAUGAUUCCAAAUUGGAAGGUGGAUCCAAGGUGCCCAAACGCGUCCAAUCCAUUCCAUUUGUGCGCCCAGUAUUGCUUUGAUCAUUUGAAUGAAACAGCGCAGACAAGUGCAACCAAGUCAGACAAGAAAAAAGGCAAUGCUGUUUCGAAAGAAGAGCAAAGAGGAGAAAUCAAUCCUGAUUGCGUUAACGCAUCCAACCCCUACCACACUUGUGGUGAAUACUGUAAGAGAAAGGGUGAUAGGUAGAUGAGGAAGGCUGGCGAGAUAAGGUUUCUCCAGAUGAUCGAUGAUGGUGAAAAAUAAGUAAUUCCAGCGACAAUAGACUUUCAAUUGCAGUAGAGGCUGCUCUUCUCUCGGCUCGAUUUUGUAGUGUGGCUGCAGCUGUCUUAAUCUUUGCAGGGUACUCCUGUGUGCAUCCCAUUUUUUUUUUUUUGUCAUUUACACCCUAUUAUAGUCACACCCACAUAUAUAGGCCCCAUGUAAUGUGUUUUCUGAAGGUUGUACAAAUAGAAGGCAUCUUAUUUGUUCUUCUUUUGUAAGAUAUAUCCGACCACCAAACAAGUUUUCCCACCAUUGUCUUUCUUCAUCUUUAUUAAUCGCGAAAAAGAGGAGGUUCAUUAA